ACGUAUAGACGCUACAGACUGCCACAGACUAGGCGUGUGAAUAAACAAUUAUCAUCUGGUUAUCUUAUGGUAGAUUCUCGGCGCCGGUCAAAGUGUCAUUCUCCUGGUCGUUAGCCUGACAAAGAAAGAUGGAAACACCAACGAAAGCGAUCGCGGACCUUCGCGAGAAGUUUUUUAAAAGGUUGGAGGAGGAAGGACCGCCCGAUUCCAUUGUAGGAGGUUUUCAUGUUGCUGAUAUAGCCAGAAUAAAAAACAAUGAUGAUUGGCUGAAACGAUUUUUGGAACAUCAUGAGUAUAACGAACAGGAGGCAUUCAACAUGCUUUGGGAAACUUGUACUUGGAGAAGAAAAUUUGGAACAAAUGAUAUCACUGAGGAUAAUGUGAGAAGAGAUUAUUUAGAAGAUGGCGUAGUCUUUAGCUAUAGUAAGGACAAGGAUGGCAAAAAACUUUUUGUAAUCAAAUCAAAAUUACAUGUUAAAGGAGUAAAAGAUUUUCCAGAACUUCAAAGAUGUAUAGUUUAUUGGUUUGAAAGAUUAGAAAGGGAAGAAAAUGGAAAUCAAAUAUCACUUUUCUUUGACAUGGUAGAAGCUGGACUUUCUAAUAUGGACAUGGAGCUUAUUAAGUAUCUCAUUGGUUUAUUCAAAUCUUAUUAUCCAAAUUUUCUAAACUAUAUCAUAGUUUUGGAAAUGCCCUGGGUUUUAAAUGCAGCUUUUAAAAUAAUAAAAUCAUGGUUACCUGCAAAAGCUAUUCCAAAAAUUAAGUUUGUUAACAAAACCACAUUGAAAGAUUAUGUUAAUCCAAAUGAUGCACUGAAAUGUUGGGGAGGUAACAAUGAUUACACCUUCAAAUUCAUCUCGGAAGAGCAAACAAAUGGAGAUGAUAUAUUAAAUGGUAAACUGGAUAAUAAAAAGGUGCAUUUUAUAGACAAUUCACCACUUACGGAGCAAAGUCCAACUAGUAUCGGAGAUCAGGUUAAUGAAGAACAAUUGUUAUCUAUAGAGCCCACAGACAUAAUUACGUUUAAUAAAGAUGGGAACGAUAUCACUGGGACAAUUACACUUAAGAAUAUUACAACUGACAAAUCUUUAUCUUACAAGAUAAAGACAACAUCGCCUGAGAAAUUUAGAGUACGGCCAAGUUCAGGAAUUCUACAACCAUCUGAACAAAGAACUGUUAUGGUUGUACUACAAUCUGGUUAUAAUGUACGUGGCCUAUUACAUAGCGAUCGAUUUCUAGUCAUGUGCUUCCCAUUAAAAAAUACAAACACUGCUACAAUGCAAGAACUGAAUUUACUUUGGAAGUCUGAAAAAGCAACAGAAAUGCAUAAACUACGAUGUUGCGAUGGUGCUAUUGAAAAUAGUGAGAUACAAAAAUCUCAUUCGAUGCUAACUUCUGCAGCAGCAGGAAAUGAUCAUAUUGAUGCAUUUUCUUCUAAGAUAAAUCAUUUAGAAAAGCACAAUAACAACAUACACAGUGAAAUCGUUAUUGUAAAGUAUAUGCUUUUAAUUUCGAUAACAUUGACCAUUCUAAUGGCAAUAUUCUUUGGUUAUGUUUUACAAGUGGAUAUUAAAAAUUUGAUUGAUCAACAAAAAUCCUGCCGGAUCCCUCGUGAUAUUUAA